AUGCUAAUCUUCAAGGAUAUCAGAGACUUGUUGGUAGGAGGUCAGUACGUCAAUAACAGAGCCCCCUGUUUUUUGUGUCUGGUCCGUACAGGCUGUAGGAUGUUCUCGUCAGUGAAGGCCUUCGAGGGGCAGCAAUACUCCACCCUGAAGAGGCAAUGCCUUGCCAGUGGCCUUCUGUUUGAAGACCCACACUUCCCCGCCUUGGACGACACCCUCUUCUACCAGGGCAACAGGAUUGGACGCGUGCACUGGAAAAGACCCCAGGAGCUCUCUGAGGACCCUCACCUGUUUGUGGAUGGGAUCAGUGCGCACGACCUGCACCAGGGCCAGCUGGGAAACUGCUGGUUUGUGGCAGCGUGCUCCAGCCUGGCCUCCAGAGAGUCCUUGUGGUCUAAAGUCAUCCCAGACUGGAAAGAGCAGGAGUGGGACACGGAGACACCCGAGUCGUACGUCGGGAUCUUCCACUUCCGCUUCUGGCGCUUCGGAGAGUGGGUGGAUGUGGUGAUCGACGACCGGCUUCCCACGGUGGACAACCAGCUGGUCUACUGCCACUCGGAUGACAGCAACGAGUUCUGGAGCGCACUGGUGGAGAAGGCCUAUGCCAAAGUGUACGGCUGCUACGAGGCCCUGGAUGGCGGGAACACGGCGGAUGCCCUGGUGGACUUCACAGGGGGCGUGUCGGAGCCCAUGGACCUGCUGGAGGGCCAGAUGGCCACUGACGAGGUGGCCCGCAACCAGCUGUUUGAGAGAGUGCUGAAGGUCCACAACCGGGAUGGCCUCAUCAGCUGCUCCAUCCGGGCGACCACAGUGGAGGACAUGGAGGCACGGCUAGACUGUGGCCUGGUCAAGGGCCACGCAUACGCAGUGACGGACGUGAAGAAGGUGCGUCUGGGCCAGGGCCUGCUGGCAUUCUUCAAGUCAGAGAAGCUCAAUAUGAUCCGCAUGAGGAACCCCUGGGGAGAGAAGGAGUGGAGCGGGCCCUGGAGCGACAGCUCAGAGGAGUGGAAGAAGGUGAGCAAGAGUGAGAGAGAGAAGCUGGGCGUCACCGUGCAGGAUGACGGAGAAUUCUGGAUGACGUUUGAUGACUUCUGCCAGUACUUCACGGACCUGAUCCUGUGCCGCCUCAUCAACACCUCUUAUCUGAGCAUCCACAAAACAUGGGAGGAGGAAGUGAUGAGGGGCUCCUGGGUCCCCCGCCAAGACCCUCUGAGGAACCGCUCUGGGGGAUGCAUCAACCACAAGGCCACCUUCCUCCAGAACCCACAGUAUGUGUUUGAUGUGAAUAAGGUAGAGGAUGAGGUGUUGAUCGCCCUGCAGCAGAAGGAGAGAAGAGCCACCACCAAAGAGGGCAAAGGAGAUAACCUGGCCAUAGGCUUCGACAUUCACCGGGUGGAGCUGAACAGAAAGUACCGCAUGCACACGGCCCAGCAGAAGGUGGCGGGCUCCAUCUACAUCAACUCGCGCUGCGUCUUCCUCAGGAAGGAGCUCAAGGAGGGUCGCUACGUCAUCAUCCCCACGACUUUUGACCCCGGGCAGCAGGGCGACUUCCUGUUGCGGGUCUUCACCGACGUGCCUUCAGACUGCAAAGAGUUGAACCUAGAUGAACCCCCACAGACGUGUUGGACGGGCAUGUGUGGUUACCCCCAGCUGGUCACCCAGGUCCAUGUUCUGAGUGCUGAGGGACUCCAGGGCCAGGACUCUAAUGGAGCCUCGGACCCGUACGUCAUCAUCACCUGUGAGGGAGAGAGAGUGCGCUCGCCAGUGCACAAGGACACGCGGAGCCCCAACUUCGAUGUCAAAGGCCUGUUCUACCGCAAGAAGCCCAAGGAAGGCAUCCACAUUGAGAUCUACAAUAAGAAUGUAAUUGUGGAUACCUUCCUGGGUCAGGUGACCCUGUCCAGUGAUCCAAACGACCGGCAGGAGCAGCACACACUCCACCUGCGCGACAAGGGCAACCGCCAAGACAACGACCUCCCGGGCACGGUCACCGUGCGCCUCAUCACCUGCAUCACACUCAUCAACAUAUGACGCCGCUCUCACCAUGAGAUGUCGAAGGAGCUUGACCUUUGUCAUCUUGACGACCUUUCGCCCCCCUAAACCGAGCAUCAGUUAAACGGUUAAUCCCCCCCCACCCCUGCUCCACCCAACCCAACACCCCCUUCAACAUAUACACACAGCUUUCUUUCUGACUCUCUCACUGUUACACACACACACACAAACACACAGGCCAUGUCUGAGUUCCAAAUAGUAGGCUGAUUGGGUAUGCGAAAAUAUAAAGUUUUAUAGUAUGUGAAAUAUUGAACAUUUUGUUUGCUUUAAAUGCCAGGAUGUCAUACUCAUUUAAUCUUUCCAUCUAGUAUAAUUCACUGCACACUAUUGAGGAAGAGAAGUGUCUUUUCAGACCCACGUAGGUGUGACAACAGCCGAUAAACCGCUGAUAAUCAGCUACCAAAAUGAAAGAAUGGUGGGGAACAAAGCAAUUGUGCGUUAGAUGUCACAUUCUCAGUAUGGGUGAGCCUGGUAUGUUUUUCUUUAAGCUUACUGCCUACAUAUACUAAACAGUACAUUCUAAAUAGUAAUAGUAUGACUAGUACACAUUAUGUAUAUCGUUUUAGUAAGUAGUAGGCAAGACUACUCUCUCUACAUGCCUUCAACUAUCUCAUGCACACACACACACACACACACACACACUUUUAACAUGCUCCUGCACCCCUCAUGCAUCUGCCAGCGUCUCUAAGGGCUAUACAUCGCCUUAAGGCUGAGUGGGUCCCUUUAGGAGCCUGUGACCAGCCAUAUGUCAGGUGGGAGGGGGGGUCAUUGUAUUGGGUGGUACACUGGGUGUAGCCUUGCCUCCUCCCCCCUCCAUCACAUCUUUCCCCUCUUCCCACUCCCAUCCCCUCAGAAUACGCUACCCUUCGCUUCUACAGAUUGCCAUGGACAAAAUAGAGUUUAGCACGGCAAAAAGAUUCUGCCUGCAUUGCACACGCCCCGUUUACACACACAUGUUUGAUUUAAUUUACCUUUAUAUAACAUCACACUCUUAGCUUAGCAACCGGCGCUUUUGAUAUACUCCAGUGGAGUGCCAUGUUCAAGUGCUUUACGGGACCAAAGACGGACCAGGCCCUCCCUCCCUCUCUCUUUUGCCGGCGGCCGUUGCCACCGUGCCACGUCAGUCGGUCAUCUCUAUGGCAACGCCACUGCCUGACGCUUCCUAAGUCAUGGGACUCCUGUCAAUUGACCUGAAUCGCGUGAACUGAGAGACACAGCAGCUGUUGUGUGUGUGUGUGUGUGUGUGUGUGUGUGUGUGCAUGCAUUUGUACGUGUUAUGCCUGCGCCUUUGAACAUCAUGCACCUCGCCUGGCUCUGACAGGCUCACGGCCACGGCUGGAUGGAGGGAUGAGCGGAAGAAGAGAGAGAAGAGGCAGGAAAUCCAUCAGUCGACUCCUGCCAAAAACAGCGUGCCAUAGCCUUGUUCCUGGCUCUGACUCUGUUGUGACUCGAUACCGCUAUUCCCGACCGGAACACAGUUUGGAUUAGCAUCAUUUUAAACUAUUUGAAAUGGUAGUGUGAAAAGAGUGGGGUUUUUGUCUGGCCAAGACAGACUAUCACAUCAUUCAGAAGCAUCACUGGUACAGUCCCCAAAACCGUUAGCAUCUCUUCUCACGUAGAUGAUGUCGCACUUUCUCUUUUGACCUGCUUUCCACAGGCUAUUUAUCUAUAUAUUUAUUACACCUCUGACAGUGGCAAGCGGCGGAGAAAGAAGAUACACAAGGAGAUUCAAGCCCCAAACGCUAUAUUGUCAAGUAUCUUUUCAAAAGUGCAAUAUGAUUGCAGAGACUUUUCUAGAGCAGGAUCUGACGUGGGAUCCCACGUCCGUUAAGAAUCAUUCCAGAGACAUUUGAUUUUUUUGAAUGUAAUGCGGAGAGCUUUCGACCGCCCGAUCUCUCGCUUUCUCUUUAUCGAACCAUCAAUCCCUUUUACUUGUUUCUACGCCGUUUCUAUUUUUUGCAUUACUCGAACAACAACGGCAUUUAUUGCAUUUGAUUUAUUUAUUGCGUCAUCACAGUUUAUAUAUUUAUAUAUUUAUUCAUGCAUUUAUUGAAUUAAUGUGUCUCGCAUAGAUCAUUUUUAAUGAUAUGUACAUGGCCUUGUAUUGUUCUUCCAUUGUUACUAUUUUAUAUUUUUCUUUCCAUCUUCAGUGUGGGAAACAAAGGGUCGUGUUGAAGAAUCAGCAUGUUUACACUAUUGCACCUCAUAUCAAUGUCAUAUCAAGAUGUUUAAAAGGGUCACUUUUUAAGGCACUGAUCGGUGACAUCCACCAUUAAUAACAAUAUGUUUUUACUAUUUACUGUCAUUCGUUGCUUCAAAUGACGAAAAUGCCAUUCAAGUGCUGUGUGACAUAUGUAUUUCCUUCUAUGUUGUUCAGUUGCAGACUAAGACAGAGAGACUAAACUGGUUGCUAAAGAAAAACUCUGAAAGGGAUAGUUCAUGCUAAAUCUAUUUUUGUGUGGAAUUACUCUUACCUUGAGUUGUGUCUGAAGGCCCAUGGCGACAGAAUCUGCCAGUAGUUAGCAUAAUUAGAAUCGUCCAAAUUCAUUCAUGUAAACAGCGGUGCCGAUAUUGGCAGAGCUGCUUUGCAAGCCGAAACUUCAAACUGUCUUGUUAUAAGGCAAUAUGUUAUACAAGUAACAUAUCGUAACAAAAACUGAAACAAAAAAAUAGAAACAAAAAUUGGACAAACAAUUUAGUAAACUGAAAUCAAAUAAUUCAGAAAAACAUUUUUAAAACUACAUGACCAAAAGUAUGUGGAUACCCGCUCGUUGAACCUUCCAAAUCAUGGGCAUUAAUAUGGAGUUGGUGCCCCUUUGCUGCUAUAACAGCCUCCACUCUUCUGGGAAGACUUUCCACUAGAUGUUGGAACUUUGCUGGGGGGACUUGCUUCCAUUCAGCCACAAGAGCAUUAGUGAGGUUGGGCACUAAUGUCGGGCGAUCAGGCCUGGCCCGCAGUCAGCGUUCCAAUUCAAUGUGGUUGCGGUCAGGGCUCUGUGUAGGCCACUCAAGUUUUUCCACAAAAUUCUCGACAAACCCUUUCUGUAUGGACCUUGCUUUGUGCAUGCGGGCAUUGUCAUGCUGGAACAGGAAAGGGCCUUCCCCAAACUGUUGCCACAAAAUUGUAAGCACAGAAUCGUCUAGAAUGUCAUUGCAUGCUGUAGCGUUAAGAUUUCACUGGAACUAAGGGGCCUAGUCAGACCAUUAUUCCUCCUCCACCAAAGUUUACAGUUGGCACUAUGCAUUCGGGCAGGUAGCGUUCUACUGGCAUCCGUCAAACCUGUAGCUAACGGAAGAAAUCCGAGCGUGAAUGUGAACCAUAGGCGUGAACAAUGUCUGCAUCGGUUGUUUUGAGUACAUUGCUAGAAAGGACAAAAUAAAAUGUAUUGGAGUGUCAGAAGAUGGCAGCACGUGUGGGACAGAGAUUAAAGAGAACACCCAAAGAACCUCAACGUUCAUCUGAACUGUGCCCACAAAGAAUCAUACACUUUCAUUAUAAAGCCAGCUACCGGCUUAUUAGUAUCUGCUCGUCAACAGCAACCAACUUUAGCAGUUAUCAUGAAAAGAAUAAAAACAUCAGAACCUAAUUCAAGUUUUAAAAAAGAGAAGAAGCGCUUGUUCAUUUAUUAAUCCAGUCUGGCAAGUCUACGAGCCUUCAGAUAAUUCAACCAACCACCUGAUCCCAAAUGUAAAACCUGGCGCUGCUAGAGUAAACAGGUAGAUUGCUUUGCAAAUGGAUACAGCAACCCAGAAAGUUAAGGAGAUUCUGAAAGAGGCAUGACAAAAUGACCGUGUGUAAACGGAUGGAGCAAGAAAGGAAUGACUACUUCAUUUAUGGGUAUAUCAGCCUGCUUCUAUCACCCCUCCUCCAACAAGGCACAGCAUGCGUUGCUCCAACCUCCAUCGGAUUUAGCAUCUAUACACCGGAGAGGUAAUUGACUGGAAGUGACAUACCAGAGGAGAAGAUCCUCCUUGUCGUAACUGACAACGGGGUGAACAUAGUCAAGGCUAUCAGACUAUUACAGAACUGGCAAGAGAAUGAUCAACAACAAUCAGAGCUUUGAACGGUGUGGUAGGAAUGUCUGAAUGAGUUAGACACAGACGAUUAUCCUUUCAAAUCCAAGUCACAUUAAGAUUCAUUUAGAAUUUAAACCAAAACAAACCUAUGGCCUGACCCAUCACCUUAUGUAUUAUUGUCCCCCAGUGACAAGAAGUGACAUACCCCCCCCCCCCCAAGAAUAGAAACUAUAGGCCUGCCACACAUGCAUAAUGCUACUUUCUGUCCCUAACACACACAUUUAAACUGACACGAAAUAAUAACAAAUGAUAUAGAAAUUAUUUUAUCCAACUCAAAGUACAUUUAAAAAAAAUAUUACAUUUGUCUGAAGACGAGCUGAAACUAAACUGAACUUUAAAUAAAAAAUCUAUAAACGAAAACUAAAUCACAACUAUAAUAACCUAGAUGUUUUGUCUCUCUGAAGGAAAUGUUCAAGUUACUCAUAAUGGCUGUAAUUUAGUCAGGAUCAUUUUGAGAUGAUAAUGCCUGAGAAGCCGGUGUUUGUGGGGAUAUAUUGGCGCCGGUGUCGUUAGGCCCGAGACGAAGUCGAGCCUCAAGAUCACCCCCAAAAGCUAACGUUCUGUUUAUCCUCUAAAGUGUUACAGAGAAUAUAAUGCUAUGGAGAGAAGGGUCAUGGUUACGGUAAAGGCAAUAGAGUGCCAUAGAGCGCAUACAGGUGUCACAGGGUUAAAAUAUGACCAUAUACCAAGCAGAUUCAUCUUCCAUGCCAGGUGAAGAGGUCCUCCUGUCAAUAAGGGGAUUGGUUGGUUUUCUGUUGCCAGGAUGUAGCCAUGCGUGUCUAUUCAGCCAGACUGGUGCUCGGCUCUACUCUGACCAGGGGCACCCGUGGUGGGCAGGUUAGCAGCAGCCAUUUUAGUUAUUCAUACGACUCAGUUUCACAAUCUUGUUGUGACCCCCACAGACAAACAAUGUCUUCAGUUAGGUAGUUUGCCCAAGUCCUUAUCGUUAGCUAUUGCUAGUGGCAGUAUUACAGCGUCUGUUCUGACCAUAUCUGAACCAAUAAUAGUCACCAGGACCAAGGGGUUGUAUCAUCUUUUUAACUCAAGAAAAAUAUGUGCCAAAAUGUACUGUUGGUUCAGGUUCUGCAGUAGAUUAGCUUUGUUUGCCACUCUUGUGGACAUACAAUAACUAGUUAAACAUUGUGGGCAUUGUCAAGCCGUUCUCCUUCCAAUAUGCUUUUUGUGUGUCUUUGUCAAACACGCCUGCUGGUUGAGAUCUCAUUGCGUUAACAUUGCACGUUCUUGUCAUUUGCCAGAAUCAUCACUUACUCAAAGGUACGAUUGGUUUACCCUUGGUGAGCGGAGUGUCAAUUCGGUGAUCUGAUUUUUCUGUCUCUGUAUAUAUUUUUCUGAUGGUCCAUGGCAAAUGUUUUAAGGACACAAAACGCAUAAGAAUGUUCAGAACUUUGGCCAGUUUUAUAUCAAACCAAUAACACCAAUCAAUGCAUGAAGCAAAUUACUUCAAAUCAGCUUGCACAGUUUGAUUUUCAAAGAUAUUCUAUUUUUUAUUCAAAGUGUUGUAAACAGUGUUACUACUUUCAUAUAUUGACGGCUUCUGUUGCAUACUUGCAUGUAUUUGACAGAUUCUGAACCUUUUGAAUUCAGCAUCCCAAACAGUAUGUACUGUAUAUGAAAAGUGGCAGCAGCCAAAGUGUUUGUCCACUACUGCAGGACUCUUAUUGUGACAAAUGUAGAUAUAUGGUGACACACAAGGAAGUAGCACAAGGUCCCUCGUGGGCCACAAACCCCAGUCGCCUGAUCGUGACACAAACACCCUACUCCCCCCGAUCCCAAUAAGGAUAUCCUCACUGGAAGAGAUCGUUAGGCACCUUUUCAAGGAUCGUUACACUCUUAAGUUCAUCAGUACCCCCUCCGUUUACAGGACUUACCUUCGAAAGCCACGAUCACUUAUCCCACUUCUGACGUCCAGUGUGAUAAAUGUGGAAGUUGUGCUAAGUCUGUAGUGGGCUGUGAACACCAGUUGCCUAGCCUAAAGAUGAACACCCUAUCCACAAUUACAAUAGGGCUAUCCCAGUUGGGAGGGAUUGUACUGUGCUUAUCAAGUCCAGGGUCAUUACAAUAUAUUCUUUACAUUUCAGACGCAAGAGCAUGUAAUAGUUGAGAGACAUUUUAAAGCAAUGGUCCACAAGAAUACUUGUCAGAUACUUAUCCAGUUAAAUUUCAAAGCAAAAAAAAAUGGUUAGAGAUGGACAACGUAAAAAAUGUGAGGAAUACCGAAAAUAAUUGAUUGCAGCGAGUGUUUGUAUUGUGUUUACGAUUUAUUUGGAUUAUGUGUUUUAUUAAAGCCUGUGUAAUGGCCAAACAGUACUUUCUAUGUUUCAGUUGAACACAGACAUCACCACGGUGCAAUGAUUUACCUAUGUUAGCUCAUUUAGCCUCGGAGCUACCUGGAGUUUGUUAGCCUGCAUACCGCUGCAUGUGAACUUUAAAGGACAUUGGUCAUGAAACGUCAUACAUGUUUAUGCUAGGUGUUACGUCAUCUUUACGAUAGCAUUAUGUAGAUUAUAUGACAUUGCUCACUCAAAUUUGCCAAGUCAUGAGACACCUUCUGUGGUGGCCAUGUUUUCAAAAAUGGAGUUUGAUACGUUCGAUGAAGGAGCUUGUGAUUCUCUUGUACUUUUCUGCGGAUGUUUAUUAACUCGAGGCUGGAAUAUACUGCAUGGUGACACUUAUAGAAGAUACUAAGGUCUUUAUAACGAGUAGCCUAUCUUUUAUCAAUAUUUUAUACUCUUGUUAAUUUUAUAUAUCCAAUUAACCUUGUGUUCUCUACGCUUAACACUGAUAUGUUUACUGAUAGCUAGAUAUCAGAAGGCUGUAUUUUAUGUACUCUAUGCUUAUCUGAGUGUUCUUUUUUUGUUACCGUGCAUGUUUGUUUGAUUUCAUUAUCGGUUACACUGUGGUUAUUUUAUAGUUAUGGAAAUCAUUUAUUUUCAUUUUGUAUUUUAUGUCAACUUGUGGCUUGACUUUCAAAUAAAACAUUAAACCUGA